ACCGGUCAGCUGCAGUUAGCCAACGGCUCCAGGCUAAAAUCAAUGAUUAGUGUGAAAUAAUAGAUCAGUUUUUUCGCUUCUUUCGUGGCAUGUUUUGAAAGAGGUGGUCAGAGGUCGGUAUUCCUUUUGAUUCAGUGAAAAAGUUGCAGCAAACGAGAAAAGUCGAGAGAAAAAUGGAGUCUGCGAUCGUGAAUUUGGAGCAAAGCGUUCAAAAGGCAGACGGAAAACUGGACAUGAUUGCCUGGCAGAUUGAUACUUUUGAAAAGGAAUUUCAAGAUCCGGAGAGCGAGGUUUCUGUGCUGAGGCUUCUUCGUUCCGUGACACAAGUGAAAGAAGAGUACCAAACAUUGCGGCAAGAUAUCCUCGAAGUUCAUCAACUUCAAAAGCAACUCUCCGAUUCCCUGAGGGCCCAACUUUCCCAAGUUCAGGGCCACUUUAAUAUUCUACGAAACAAAAUUAUAGGACACCGUAAAACCCCUCAGCUAAAAUAAAAUGUCAAUUUUCUAUCAUUUUUUUUUUCCAAAAGCUGAAGCACUAAUUUAAGACGUUCGGAUAAACAUCCAGAAUAAUUAAUAAUUUCUGACAAAAAUGUUGCUUUCCAUUCUUCAAGGAAGCAUACAUAUUUGCGAUAUUGAUAUAAUUUAAAUCCUAUGGAAAUAUUGUAUCAAUUUUCAGAAUGAAAAUAAUUUUUCUGACUGCAGAUGGUCUGUUUUCAAUUUCAAGAGGAUUGAAAAAGACGAAAAAUAAUGCCUUUAACGCACAGAAGGGGCCAAUCGGCGUGCAGAAGUGAUAAAGAAAAGAAUUUUUUUUCAAAGUGCUUCCAGCUGACGAGAAAAAUGUUUAUUAUAAUAUUUAUAACAUCUUAGCGAUUAAUUUAUUCGACGAAAUUCAAUUCACAAGGUGUAAAUGACGUUAAUAUGUUGCACUCUAGUAAAUUAUUCUUAGAAUCUCGUGCAAAAUCCGUAAGCUCUUUAGAGGGAAAAAGAAUAAUAUAAAGUCUAGUAAAAGUUUAGGAAAAUUCAAAUUGGAUAAUCUAUUUUGUUUAUUUAAAUCAAUAAUCAAAUUGUUUCGUUUAUUUAUGAAAGAAAGUUAAACUGCCAUUCAGUUCGAAAAGAAAAUAUUUAUAUUUUAAAAUAAAUUCCUAUAAAUAACAUUUAUGUGGGAACUAUAUUUAAUUCAUUUUAAGAAGCUUUAAAUUUCUCAAAUUUCAAGUAAGAAUAUUGCAUUUUCAACAAAAAAGAUGAACUUUCUAA